GCCCCGCGGGGGCCGGGCCGGGCCGGGCGGCCAUGGCGGCGGGGUGCGGCGGGGUUUGGCCGGCCGUCGUGGUCCUGGUCGUCCUGCUCCUUUUGCUCGUCGUGUUGCCGCCACCGGGCGCAGCCUCAGCCGCCGCCCUGCCUGUAGUCAUCAACACCUGGGCGUUUAGGACGGCCGCGGAGACAGCUUGGAGAGUACUGGAGUCAGGAGGUUCUGAGCUGGAUGCAGUUGAGAGAGGCUGUGGGCAGUGUGAGGUUGAUCAGUGCGAUGGGAGUGUGGGAUACGGAGGAAGCCCAGAUGAAAGUGGAGAAACAACUCUGGACGCAAUGAUUAUGGAUGGCAACACUAUGGAAGUUGGGGCUGUUGCGGAUCUCAGACGUGUAAAAAAUGCAAUUGGUGUAGCACGAAAGGUCAUUGAAUACACUAAGCAUACAUUAUUAGUGGGAGAGUCAGCCUCCCUGUUUGCUGUAAGAAUGGGGUUUCCAUACGAAGAUUUAACAACCCAGAAAUCACUUUCGCUGUAUUCAGAGUGGCUUAAUCAAAGCUGUCAGCCAAACUACUGGAAGAAUGUGGUACCAGACUCUUCAAAAUCCUGUGGACCAUAUAAGCGGCCUGGAAAAGUAACUUAUAAAGAAGAACAGACCGUCUCACAAAGAAGUGUUCAGAACCAUGAUACUAUUGGUAUGGUUAUAAUUGGUGUGAGUGGAACCGUUGUUUCUGGGACAUCGACUAAUGGUGCAGUCCACAAAAUUCCGGGCCGUGUUGGAGAUUCUCCGAUAGCUGGAGCAGGAUCUUAUGCGGACAGUACAGCUGGAGGAGCUGCAGCCACUGGGGAUGGUGACAUUAUGAUGCGCUUCUUACCCAGUUAUCAAGCUGUGGAAUAUAUGAGGAUGGGAACAGACCCAACAGUAGCCUGUCAGAAAGUCAUUUCCAGAAUCCAGAAGUAUGCUCCAAAGUUCUUUGGUGCUAUCAUUUGUGCCAAUACAACUGGAAGUUAUGGUGCUGCAUGUAAUAAAAUUCCAGGAUUCACUCAGUUUCACUUCAUGGUUUCUAACCCUUUGCUAAGUCGACCAACUGAGCAAGUAGUAGAUUGCAUUUAAUUUCUUUUGUCCUAUUAGCAUCUCAGUUUAGAAGAGGAAAGUGCUAAGGUUCCCUAGGAGUUACUUUUUAAAAUGGUUGUUUCAAGCAUCUAAUGGCUUAUAUGGUCUGUUUGUUUUCCUGAGGACUGAGUAGCUAAAAGUAAUGAAUAGUAACCAUUGAACAGGACCUUUGCUUUGCCAUUUAAAAACAUAUUUGUCAGAAAUCUCGAGUAAAGGGCUGGAACUAUGACUCUACAGAGGAGACUUAUUUUGAGACUACUUAAUUCUCUUUCUAAGAUUUAGUCUAGGUUUUCUUUUCUCUUGAAAAUAAAAUUGCGUAAAAAUGCCGACAAGCAAGGAAAGGGGGUUGAAGAGUAGUGGAGACUAUUUCAAAGCCUUAAUGAAGAAAUAAGAGGCAUCUCCUUAUGGACCAUUCUGACUUGUUUCACAACAGCUGAGAAUACAUUUGAAUAGAGAGAACAUGCAAGCAUCCCUGGUAGUGCAAACCUUCAAGGAGUAUUGUUUGACUCUGGAUGUGAAGACAAUUGGAAAUCUUCCUGUCACCUGGUUUCUGUAGUGGAAGUUAAGUUAUGAAUCAUAGUCACAGUGAUUUCUUUGUCACUAAUAUGCUGUGCACUUGCCCUUUCCUGUAGCACAUUUAGCCCUGCAAAGGAGCAGUUGAAUACCUAGAGUAUGACAGUUACCUACAGUUUUGGGUUUUGUUACUUUCUGUGUCUAGAGACAGAAGGAUUCAUUUGUAAUAGAACUCCAGGAUCAUGAGGAUUGUUCCAUAGGUAUUUGAAGAUCUGGAAGAAUAUUUUCAGAGAGGGGGUGCUCAGGCAUUGGAAUGGGCUGCCCAGGGAAGUGGUGGAGUAACCACCACAACACUGCAAGUGUUCCAUAAAUGGCUGGAUAUGGCAUAGUGCUACAGUUUAGUUGGCAUGAUGGUAUUUGGUCAAAGGUUGGACUUGAUCUUGGAAGUCUUUUCCAACCUUAAUGAUUCUGUCUUAAUUACUUGUCUCCACGAGAUGUAGAUACUAAUCCAUGUGAUUUGACAAUGUAGGUUGUUUUGUUAUGAUGAAUUAGUUAUAAAUGAACAGGUUAAUUUUUGUAAAUUAUUUUGAUAUAUUUUUAAUUUGACAGUGUAUUAUAAUAUUAAGAAUGUACCAUUCUGAUGUUAUGGGCAGAACUCUGAAUAAAAAAAUAAAAUGCUUUAA